CUAUGAAAGUGAGUCAUGAAAGUGAGUCAUAAAACUAGCCCCCCACAUUUUGUUUUUGGUGAUGAUCACUCAGUCUAGCGUUAGAAUUUAUUAGAUUUAACAAUGUUUAUUAAAUUUAACAAUGUUUAUUAGAGUUAACAAUGCUUGGGUUUCGCCAUCGGAGGGCGCUCAGUACCACACGUAACAGCGGGUGACGCUCUGGCAGGCUGUAGGAGUACGCCAUUGCCGAGAGGACAGCUUGUUGCAGCAGAUGUCGGGAGCGCUACUGUAACCGCUGUAUUUUCUGUUUGCAGUUUUAAACUGAAUAAAUAUGCUGCACGAGGAGUGACUCGGCCCAUCAUUUCCUACGGUGUAACAUAUUUUGGCGAGCCUAGCCAGGAGGUGGCGCUAGUGAGUCAACACCAUCACCAACCACCUUCCUUCCCAAGAGACGAACCAGAGAAAAAAAAUGGAGGCAGCACAGCUUCUGCGCGAUCGAGUGAGUGCAGCCUUGUGGCAGUUGGAAAGAGAGCAUCUCGUGGAGGUCUGCAGGCGACUGAAGUGUUCCGGCCUGGACAGCGGAGAGCCUCAAGGUAAAACUAAAAGGACACUCAUCAGAUUGGCAGAAGACAUGUUUGAUGAGAUAGAGAAAAAUGAAGAAGAUGAUCAAGUGGAACAGUUUUAUAAAGAAACAGCCACCUAUAUCCAGAGACUGAAUAAAGUAAUGUGUCAGUCAGAAGAGGAAUCCUCAUUUAAAAAGUCUGUGCCACAGAUAGACCUUGAGGACACUAUUCCAUGCACCACUUCAGUCCAGGCAACAGAUUAUCCAUUCAAAACCCGACCAGAGCCAAAACAAACUCUGCAGGAGGUAACAUUGAGGAGGGAGUUUAAAAUCUCUGGGCAGAUUGGAGAGAGUGGGCAGAAGGAUAAGCUGUCCUACCUCAGUUUAGUACGCCAGAUCGAAAAUGGGAUUGAAAAAGGACACUCAGAGGUUGAAAUAGUUGAAGCAGUAAUUAGGGCCAUCAGUCCAGGAACGCCCCUAAGAGACAUGUUGGAGAUAAAACGUGGGUUGACCCUUAGCAAACUGCUCACCAUACUAAAGGGACACUACAGGGUCGAUAGCCCCACUGAACUUUACCAUCAGCUCAUCAAUAUCUCCCAAGAACCCAAAGAAACUGCCCUAAAUUUUGUAUUUCGUGCUAUCGAGCUCAAAGAAAAACUUCUAUGGAAAGCAGCAAAUGAGGAGACAGAUGAACUGUACAGCAGGACCACAAUUCAGCGUAAGUUUCUCCGCUCCAUUGAAACUGGGCUACUCAGUGACUCCAUUAAGUAUCAGUUGCUGCCUCUUCUGAGUAAUAUGAGCACAACAGAUGAAGAACUGAUUGAGAAAGUUAACGAAGCUUCAAAGCUGGAAAAUGAAAGAUUGGAGAAACGAAGAAGGUCCACUGCAGUCAAGAUUCCCAAGGUACAAGAGCUCCAGACAGCGUGCCAGACAGCCAUGACACCUGUUCAAAGCCACCCGAAACCCAAGGAAUCCCCCAUUACAGUGGCGGUGAAAACAGUUAAAAAUAAAGAGACUAAAACAGACCCACAGCAGAUCAUAGAAGAACUUCGCAAAGAAAUGAAAGAGAUGUUGGUGGCCGUUAUGGAAACCAGUCCCCACACCGUGGCACCAAAACAAAGACAAAAAGGCUGCAAGAAGUGCAGAGAAGAGGGAAAAGGAGACAACUGUAUGCACUGUUUCAAAUGUGGGCGGGAGGGCCACUACUCUCGUGGAUGCCGAGCACCGAGACCGUUGUUGGGAAACGAGGAAGGGCUACUGAGGUGGGACCAGCAGUAGUCCAGGAUCCACGGUCCCAUAAUGAGCAGCCAAGCCCACCACCAUCCUCCAAUGAAAUGCCAGUUGCUGCCUUAUCAGCUGUAACGGAAGUUCGUUAUCUAACCCCCCAACACAAGUCAAGGUUAGUAAGCCUGGUGGGAAACCGCUGUACUGUUAACUGUUUUAUGGACAACCAUCCAGUCAAAGUAUUGUGGGAUUCAGGGGCACAGUCCAGCAUUGUAAAUGAAAACUGGCGGCAGAACCACCUCCCCCACACAGUUGUCAGACCGGUGUCAGAACUGUUAGAUAAUGAGACACUCACAGUGUUUGCUGCAAAUGACACAACCAUCCCCUACACUGGCUGGAUAGAAGUCAGCUUCAGACUAGACAGUGAUUGUUUCCCAACCAGUGAGUUGCAAGUGCCAAUAUUGGUAGCCAGUGACCCAGCCGUGGCCAGUGAUCCCAUCAUCGGUUACAAUGUUAUUGAGGUGGUUGUCAACAGAAGAGAAGUAAAGACCAAAGGUGGGAGAAAACAACUUGCACACUAUGUAAGUAAAGCGUUUGAAAUAACUGUACAAACUGCACAUAAUGUUGUCAGACUAGUGCAGAACAGCAAAAAGGACUCAGAGGCAGGUGUGGUAAGGACUGGAGUAAAGAGAGUGCCUUUGAGAGCAAACCAAGUUACCACAGUCUAUGCACGGGCACAUGUUAGUCCACACGCUCUGGGUCAAGACAUGCUCUUUUUAGCUGACAUGGUUGACUCACCACCAGAGGGCGUCUUGUUCCAUGACAUACUGGUGCAAAUCCCAGACAGGAAAGUGCCAUAUGUGCCCAUCCCAGUGACUAACACCACAGACCACACCAUUUAUCUAACGAGCCGCAAAGUGAUCGGACGUCUUGAACCAAUAAAGACUGUAUAUGCAGCAGACAUCCAGACAAAAGUAAACGAGGGGACACAAGAGGAAAAAAAGAGUUCACAGUUAAAGUCACACAUCCCGAAUAACACACAGCCAGACAACAUUCAAC